GAUUUCCUGUUUCAGCUGACAGUGGAGCUCACGCACGCAGAGAAGCUCGGUAGUUAAAGAAGCUCCCCUGAAAUCAAGCUUUCCUGUGAGCCGUUGACGGCAACAGCCUUCCUUUACUGUAGAUAUCACCUUGGUGAAUUUGUUAAAUCGUCAGUAAAAAAAUUUUUUAAAGGGCGAUACCUUUAUCGAUACGUGUGUAUGGUUAAAGUUUUGACGUUAGGAAACGUGAAACUUUUUGGCCCGGACCUGGGAGGCGCAGACAACAUGGUGUUGAAAUCGGAAGACGGAGUAGUGCCAGAUGACCUCACUCCAGAGGAGCAGCAGGAGCUGGAGAACAUUCGCCGGCGCAAGCUAGAGCUGCUGGAAGACAUUCAGCGACUGAAGGAUGAGAUAGCAGAAGUGACUAGUGAGAUUGAGAACUUGGGUUCGACUGAGGAGAGGAAAAAUAUGCAGAGGAGCAAACAGGUGGCUAUGGGACGUAAGAAAUUUAACAUGGACCCCAAAAAGGGGAUCCAGUUUAUGAUUGAGAACGACUUGCUGAAGAAUACCUGUGACGACAUUGCUCAAUUCCUCUACAAGGGCGAGGGCCUGAACAAAACAGCCAUUGGCGACUACCUCGGAGAGAGAGAUGACUUCAACAUUCAAGUCCUCCAUGCCUUCGUAGAGCUUCAUGAGUUUACAGACCUCAACCUGGUUCAGGCCCUAAGACAGUUCCUGUGGAGUUUUAGGCUACCAGGAGAAGCCCAGAAGAUUGACCGCAUGAUGGAGGCCUUUGCUCAGCGCUAUUGCCAAUGCAACCCUGGUGUUUUCCAGUCCACAGACACCUGUUACAUUCUGUCAUUCGCCAUCAUCAUGCUAAACACCAGCCUCCACAAUCCAAAUGUGAAGGACAAGCCAUCUGUGGAGCGAUUCAUCUCCAUGAAUAGAGGCAUAAACGAUGGAGGAGACUUACCUGAAGACCUGCUCAGGAAUCUGUAUGAGAGUAUCAAGAAUGAACCUUUCAAAAUUCCGGAAGACGACGGCAAUGAUCUCACACACACUUUCUUCAACCCAGACAGAGAGGGCUGGCUGCUAAAACUGGGGGGACGAGUUAAAACCUGGAAACGGAGGUGGUUCAUCCUUACAGACAACUGUCUGUACUACUUUGAGUACACCACAGACAAAGAGCCCAGAGGAAUUAUCCCAUUAGAGAACCUGAGUAUCAAGGAGGUGGAGGACAAGAAGCCUAACUGCUUUGAGCUGUUCAUUCCCGACAACAAGGACCAGGUUAUAAAAGCAUGCAAAACUGAGGCUGACGGACGUGUUGUCGAGGGCAAUCACACUUUCUACCGCAUCUCUGCCCCUACAGCUGAGGAAAAAGAUGAAUGGAUGAACAGCAUCAAAGCUGCCAUCAGCAGGGACCCUUUUUACGAGAUGCUGGCAGCCAGGAAGAAGAAGGUGUCGUCCAUGAAGAGGCACUAGAGCUGCUGUGCUUUCCCAGUACUGCUCUUGACAGAACAGGGGUCCUAUUUAUGCUUGCCAUUUCUGGGGUGAUGCAAGGCCCCAUGUUUAAUGGCUGUCUCAGACAAUACAGUAUCAGGUCUGGCUUUGGGACCUUACUGGCCGGUAAAACAGGAAGCAUGCUGGGGUUCCUCCUCUAACCCUCUGUCUGAAUGUCUCUUUCUCCAUGAGCUUUGUAUGUGCACCAGUCCUAUGAGGCUGGAAUGGAAUCUUCCUGUGUAACUUGGCCAUCUCCCCUUUGGAGAUGCUCUAAAACCCUACAUUGCAUACAUACCCAACACAUGAAUACAGUCAUGCAGUCCCCCUGUUGCACACAAUCAAAACUCAGCAGGUCUGACUGAGUGCAGCACUUGAACCAAAUCAUUCCUCUGUCUGGGAGAAAAAGAGUCUUGUAUUGAUGUUCUUUCUUAUGUUAGGGUAAGACACAUCUAAUAUUAAAGCUUUAACUGUUCAUUCCUCUUAAGAUGUUUUUGUUUUUGCAAGAAAAGCAGUUGAGAGGCCACUGAGCGAGAGAGGUGGGUAUAAUUUGCCCACUGUUGGCAGUUUUAUAGAAAAGAAAAAAAAGAAAACAAAACUUUAAAAAAUAAAAACUUCUCAGGAGAUUGUUACAAUGUCUAGAUGCUUUCCAUGUCAGGUUGAUCCUUGUUUUUACAUGACAGCCAUGCAAGGAAUGAAAGGUUUGACUGAGUCCUGAACUGAUAUGUUUUUGUAAAUGUGGACAGGGUCUCUGUGUUAGACUUUACUGUCAGCAUGGAUGUCCUGAAGGUCCUGAUGAUCAUUCCUGUGAAUCAGUGAUGACUGCAUCAUCUUGGGCGUCUGGAGUCUGAAGUCUCAUUUUGUCUAGACAGCUCAAGUGACAGAUCCCUUUUAGUUUCUCUUCCAGUACUUCAGCCAUUUAAAAGAUAGAAAAUUAAUCUUGUGUUAAAUCCUGCUGGUUAUCGACUGUAAUUCAGUUUUCUUUUCAUACUUUACAACACACGUUGUGACGUUGUGAUUGAUGAAUAAGCUUUAAAAGACACAUACAAGUGUGGAUCAUAGAAACUAUGCGUGGAAAAACAUGGGUGUAAACUUUCUCAGGAUUCAUUUACCUACUUUGCCUACUAGUCGAAUGUAUUUAAGAGAGCUGGCAUGUUGAGGGUUGGAUGGUUGAUUGGUGACAGUUCAGCAGUGAUAUGUCCAAAAGCAAAAAUUUCUUAGAGGUAAAUUUUGUAAAUGUAGUCUGAGAUAUGCAACUCGUAUUGCAUUUUUACUCUCAUCUGCACCUGCUGUCCGUACUCCUUGCUCUGCCUGUUUCCUAGUUCACUUGCAGGAACAAAUAUGCAAAUUUUAAACUGUCAUGAUUUUACACAAUAUUGAUUUAGCUUUCAGACUUGUACAUAUUUAGAUGUGUAGUAUUUCAUCCUCAUUUUGUUUAUUAGAUUUGCAGGUUUCCUUUGUUAUCUUGUCAUAAUGUUUGAUUUCAGUUUUCUAUCAACCCAGUUUAAUCAAGCAGAAAUAAAGGCAAAUGUGUCACAAUGUCGACUGUA